ACCCCCCACCCCUAGAUUGCCAUUUAUGGCACCAACUUCUGCACCUCUGCCCGCAACGCCUUCUUCCUGCUGAUGAGAAACAUCAUCAGGGUGGCUGUUCUAGAUAAAGUCACAGAUUUCCUCUUCUUCCUGGGUAAACUCCUCAUCGUGGGAAGCGUCGGAAUCCUCGCCUUCUUUUUCUUCACCCAUCGGAUCAAACUGGUGGAAGACUCCGCGCCGCCCCUCAACUACUACUGGGUCCCCAUUUUGACGGUGAUCGUGGGCUCCUACCUCAUUGCCCACGGGUUCUUCAGCGUCUACGGGAUGUGCGUGGACACCCUCUUCCUCUGCUUCUUGGAAGACCUGGAGCGCAACGACGGCUCUGCCGAGAAGCCCUAUUUUAUGUCACCCGACCUGAAAAAGCUCCUGAAGAAGACCAACAAAAGCCACCCCAAUGCCUGAAGCUUCCCCUCCUCCUGCUCCAUGUCUCUUCUGCUCCUUGCCUGCUGGAUUCCUCCCCAUCAUCAUCAUCAUCAUCAUCAUCAUCAUCAUCCUUGGGAACCUCCCUCAGGAACCCGCUGUCUCCUUUCCCCCCCUCCUCCCGCCGCCACGGGGCUUGGGCUGAUGAGAGGAAUGGGUUAAUUGGGAACCUUCAAUCCUUGGGGUUGCCUUAAUGAUGUUGUUGCCUUAACGAAGAAGAAAUCCACGAGGAACCAACCCUUGGACCUCAGCCAAUUCCAGCACUCAGGUGGGGAGGUUCUGGCUGGAUCCCGCCAGCUCCGAUUAAAAGCAGCGGGGAAAAACGUCACCAAAUGACACCCACCCCCCCCACACACACACCCACCCCCCACCCCAAAUCUUUUUAAUUGGGUUUUUAGGGAUUUUUAAGUUGUUUCCUUGGUGCUGUGGGGGGUUGAGCUGAGCUCCUGGACUUGGGUUUGAGAAGGAAGCAGAAUGAGCAAACCAAUCCAAAUGACAACUCUUGGCUCCUACGCUGGGAGGUGCUGGAGUCACCUUCCCCCUUGCUGGGCAGCACUGGGGGGGGGUUGUGCUCAUUGAUUUAAUUGAUUCAUUUAGAAAAACACUAAUUAAUGUCCUUAGGGUGGAGGGAAAGGGGUUGGAGGGAUCCAGGGGUGGACAGACAGCUGGACACUCCUAGGAUUGGCAGUUUCCUCCCCAAAAGCAACCUCUGUUUUAGGUUUAAGCAGCAAACAAAGCCCCCACCCUUAGGGAACGUGUGUGUGUGUAUAAAUAUAUUAUUUUGGGGUUUUUUUUUUUAGGUUUAGGUCAGGGGAUUUUAACCAGAAGCAGGAGGUCACCUUGUGUCCUUCAGAAGCUGGGGAAGGUUCAGCCUUGGGGCAGCUCCUGGUGGGAAGAAAAAAACACAAAGAGUUUGGUGAAACCCAAAGGGUUGAAAUCUCCCAGACCCACAAGCAGGAAAAUUAAACCCAAAACUGAACAGAAUUCAAGCUCGCCUGGGUAAAGUCCCCACCACCACUCAGGCUUUUGGGUUUGGGUUGAAUUUGGUGAAGAAAAAAAAAAAGAAAUUGCACUGAAGUUCUGGGAGGAUUGAAGAGCCCCCAGAGCUAGGGGGUCCCAGUGCCCCUUCCCCAACCCCUCCAGCCUUAAAAAUCGUGAAAAAAAAAUUGAUUCCAAAUGGUUAAUUUGUGGCAGAGGAGAAAUUUGACUUCUUUUUUUACCAAUUUCUUAGUAAGCUUUAGAUCCCUUUUUGUACAAAAUGUUUUCUACCUGAAUUGUGAAAUAUUUUAGAGGGUUUUCUAUGUUUUUGCUUUCAAUGGUUGUUUUCACUUCUGCACGUGGGGUGGUUUGGGGUUUUUGGGAUUUUUUUUUUUGGUUGGUUUUGAGCUUUUCCAGGAUUUUUAGGCCACGUUUUGCUGGAAUAGAACACCAGCAUUUCUCUAGAGAAUCUUUUUUUUUGCUUGUUUUUAGGGUUUUUGUAGCAGAUGUAGCUGAAUGCUUGAGAGGGGGGAGAGUAAAAUAAAAAAAACAUGAAGGGAAAGGCAAAAAAGGGAAAAGAAAAAGGAAAAAAAAGAAAAGGGAAAACUAGAAAGCAAAAGCUAAAAGGAUGAAAGAAGAAUUAAAGCCAAGAAGAAAACCCUUUCAGUUUGGGAUAGAUAAAUGUGAGUUAAUAAGGGAAUAAUUAAGGGCAUUUUAUCAGUUUCCAGCUCUACUCACACCUCCCAGUAAAGAUUUUCUGCAGCCUGG